CCCUCUUAAACUUUAAUCAUUUCACACGUGGUGCCCUCCAUUUCCACGCCGGAAUAUCCUCCGUUCUUUCUCUGUCACAGCUCAAAAACCCUCUUCACUUCCCCCUUACGGUGAUUUCAAACCCUAGAAUCUCAUUUUCUCUCUCACUUUCUCACUAACCAGUCACCAAAUUAUUAUCCAGAUUUUGACGUUUUCGGGAACAAUCCCCCCGGAUUCAAAUGAGCUUUAAUCAAGUUCUUCCACGACCAGAUUCGUUUAAUUUAAAUUAAAGUACCGUUUGUUUAUAUAAUUUAUUAUUGGGGGGAGUGGGGUUGGGUGGGCUUGAGAUGGGAGCAGUCACGUCGUCAAUGGCAGCCAAGUUCGCGUUUUUCCCACCGAACCCGCCGUCGUACGGACUGGAGAAGGAGGAGGAGAGUGGGAAGCUGAAGAUGACUGGGGUAGGGACCAGGGAAAACGUGGACGUUUUGAAGCUGAAGACCAAGAGAGGGAACGACGUCGUGGCGGUGUACAUAAGGAAUCCGUCGGCGAAGCUCACAGUUUUACACUCGCACGGGAACGCAGCUGAUCUGGGUCAGAUGUACGAGUUGUUCAGCGAGCUCAGUCUUCACCUCCGAGUCAACUUGUUGGGGUAUGACUAUUCGGGGUACGGACAAUCUACUGGGAAGCCAAGUGAGCAAAACACUUAUGCAGACAUAGAAGCUGCAUAUAGAUGCCUUGUGGAGAGGUACGGUGCGAAGGAGGAAGAUGUUAUCUUAUAUGGGCAAUCAGUUGGUAGUGGGCCCACUCUAGAUCUAGCAACCCGGUUACCAAGAUUGAGGGCGGUGGUUCUUCACAGUCCGAUCAUGUCUGGUCUUCGUGUCAUGUAUCCGGUGAAGCGGACAUACUGGUUUGACAUUUAUAAGAACAUUGACAAAAUACCCUUGGUCAGUUGUCCUGUUCUGGUGAUUCAUGGGACGGCUGAUGAUGUUGUGGAUUGGUCCCAUGGCAAGCAGCUUUGGGAACAUUGUAAGGAGAAGUAUGAGCCAUUAUGGAUAAAAGGAGGGAAUCAUUGUGACUUGGAGCUCUACCCACAAUACAUAAAGCAUGUCAAGAAGUUUGUAUCAGCUGUUGAGAAAUAUCCACAUCUUAGAAAUGGAUUUGGGCCAAUUACGGAUCAACCAGAAAAUCCACGCAGAAGCACUGACACUAGGGAGAAAUCUUGUUCCACUACAGAUCAACGAGAGAAUUGUAGACCAAGUACCGACCACAGAGAAAACCCUAGGCUGAGCACAGAUCACAGAGAGAAGUCAAGGGCCAGCACUGAUAAGAGAGAGAGAUCAAGAAAGAGUACGGAUCACCCAGAAAAAGCAAGUAAUAGCAUGGAUCAGCCAGAGAAAGCACGAAAUAGCAUUGACCGCUUUGGAGAGAUGUUCAGAUCAGUCGGAUUGUGCAAUAUUGAUUGUUUUAAGCCCACAGCUACUAGUGCAUGAAGAGACGAGAUCAGUUCACAAAUUGAAUCUGUAUUCUACCCCGCUUCUAUUUAUUUGAUUGGUUAAUUGGGUCGUUGGUGAUAGGAUAAAAGUCUCUAGAGGAUGAGAACCAACUAUGUAGCAUCUGCAUCGAGAAUUCAAGUAUUGUAUACGUCAAGAAAGAUGUACUCAUCAUGGAUGGGGGCUUGAAUGAUAGGAUAAAUGUCAUUGUUUCUCUUUCUUAGAGGAAAAAAUAGGAAGUUUAUUAGACCAGGCAAAUUAUGUAUCUCAGUUAAUUCUCCAACUUAAUAAAUCUAGCCCCUCUUUCUCUCACA